GGCUUCCGUUCCGAGAGGGCGGGCCGGCAUCCCAAACGGAAGGUGGUAGUCGCUGCCCGAGCUGGUUUGAAACUGGUGGUCGGGCCCGGCCGAGUGCGUGUGUGUGUAGCCGAGGACCCGCUGGAGGGCUAGGCCGUUCUUGACCGCCCCGGCCCCGCCUUCCCUCGGACCCGCGGACCUAAGCCCGGCUCCCCGCCUGUCUUGUGCCCCAGCCCGCUGCCUCUCCCGCCGGCUCUGCGGCCCAGCCGCCACCAUGUCCCUGCACGGCAAACGGAAGGAGAUCUACAAAUAUGAAGCGCCCUGGACUGUGUACGCCAUGAACUGGAGCGUGCGGCCGGACAAGCGCUUUCGCCUGGCGCUGGGCAGCUUCGUGGAGGAGUACAACAACAAGGUUCAGCUUGUUGGUUUAGAUGAGGAGAGUUCAGAGUUUAUUUGCCGAAACACCUUUGACCACCCAUACCCUACCACAAAGCUCAUGUGGAUUCCUGACACAAAAGGCGUCUAUCCAGACCUCCUGGCAACAAGUGGUGACUAUCUCCGUGUGUGGAGGGUUGGUGAGACAGAGACCAGGCUGGAGUGCUUGCUAAACAACAACAAGAACUCGGACUUCUGUGCUCCCCUGACCUCCUUUGACUGGAACGAGGUGGAUCCUUAUCUCCUAGGUACCUCCAGCAUUGACACAACGUGCACCAUCUGGGGACUAGAGACCGGGCAGGUGCUAGGACGAGUGAAUCUCGUGUCUGGCCAUGUGAAGACCCAGCUAAUUGCCCAUGACAAAGAGGUCUAUGACAUCGCCUUCAGCCGGGCCGGAGGGGGCAGGGACAUGUUUGCCUCUGUGGGCGCUGAUGGUUCUGUAAGAAUGUUUGACCUCCGCCAUCUGGAACAUAGCACCAUCAUUUAUGAAGACCCACAGCACCACCCCCUGCUUCGCCUCUGCUGGAACAAGCAGGACCCUAACUACCUGGCCACCAUGGCCAUGGACGGGAUGGAGGUGGUGAUUCUGGAUGUUCGAGUUCCCUGCACACCGGUUGCUAGGCUAAACAACCACCGAGCAUGCGUCAAUGGCAUUGCCUGGGCCCCACACUCAUCCUGCCACAUCUGUACUGCAGCGGAUGACCAUCAGGCCCUCAUCUGGGACAUCCAGCAGAUGCCUCGGGCCAUCGAGGACCCUAUCUUGGCCUACACAGCUGAGGGAGAGAUCAACAAUGUGCAGUGGGCCUCCACUCAGCCUGACUGGAUCGCUAUCUGCUACAACAACUGCCUGGAGAUACUCCGUGUGUAGUGUUGGUGGCACCUCACGUAUCCGGCAGGGGCUUGUGUGCUUCAGCCUCUGCCCCCUCCCUCCCCAUGUAAGAAGAACAUGUUUCCAGUGGCCAGUAUGUCUAUUGUUGCUUUACACCCACUGUGUUCAGAAGCUGCUGUAGAAGUCCGGGCCAGUUACCCCGCUGUCUGUGUUGGACUGUGCUGUGUGGCGCCACUGCAGCCCAGGGCUGGGUUUUAAAUUUUCACUCCUUUCCUCUUCUUUGCUUCUUCAAUUAAACGUUUCUGUAUAUUUGUUUGUCAGCUGUUGUGUUCAUAAACAGUACAAGCACUGGCUCUGUCUGUGUCCAUUUGCCCCAUGUCUGUCUGUCUGCUGCUGAGGCAGUCAUCCAUCUCGUGUCCCCAUCUGUGUCGUGCUAGCACUUAAGUGGGAACAAAGGCCAACUUCAGAUUGUCUUUCCUCCUGGCACCAGUGUCUUUUAACAAACCUCAACUUUGUAUGUUUUUAUCUAUCAGGCUAGUUUUUUAUGAAAAGAGUUUAACCACUCUGGUUUCUUGAUUUCACAGGUUUCCCUCUUUGUACCUUCCUCUCUUCCCUCAGUGCCUGCCGUGGGUACUGGACCCUAGACCCCAUGAGCAGUUUGCUUUCCUGAGUCACUGCCUGUGGGGCACAGCCCUGACCCCUGACCGGGAGUUGACAACUGCGCUGGUGCUCUGAAGUCUACUGACUCACCAACCUUUCCCAGCCUGGGUCUCCUGAAGGCCCUCGGAGGCCCCAGGAGAUGCAGGAGGCUUCUGUUCCACCCUCGAGUUCCUUUCUCUGGCUUCACUAGUUGAGUACCCUGUGGGGCUGAGAUAAGCAGGUGACUAGGCGUCAUGCUGAAGGAGAAUCGCUUUCAGGAGAGCUGGGCUUAUAUGGUGUUUCCAGUACCUGGUUUCAGAAUCUAUUUUUCCAGUUUCGAACUUGAAUGAUAGGCAAGAGAGCUCUCUAAGCUAAGCUUCUGUGUUUCUGUUUGCUGAGUUUCCUCUGCCUGGUGGGGCACUGGCCCAUCUUUGGAUUGAGUACUCUGAAUAAGAGACUUCCUGGGAGCUACCGUCUGUGUUUGACCCUGAACAAGAUCUUUAGACUGAGUUAGACAGGCAGUUCUCAUAAACGAUGAGCUAAUCAGCUGUGGUAGACUCAGGGUCGGCCAGCUAAGACUCUCCACACCGGUGGCACUUGCCCUCUCUUCAGUUAAGGUUAUGAGCAGUAUUGGACUUUGUAGGCUGCAGUUGGCCAUGCUGACUUACAGGCCUCGCGUGUCUGUUUCCGUUAAGUGUAUGGGUUCCACAAAGGGGACUUGUAUGUGGUUCUGACUUUAGAUGAGUCCCCGGCAGAGUUUGGAACAUGGUCUAGGAGAGGGUGGCUGGUUUAUAAUCUGCUGAGCUGCUUGCAGGUUUCUUAGACGCUCUGGUACAAGGAGAGCAGCAGGCCUGAAAGCUGAUGGCUGGCUUUGGCCACUCAUGCUGCCAUUGCUGGAGAAGUCAAUGUCGACUCAUCCUUCUGGGAACAUGGACUGUCUGGCAGUCUUUGCUAGCUUCCACAGCUGAUGUAGUUGUAUGCCAAAAGUCUUAGAUUUAGCUUCACUAUAUAGGACCUUGUCCCAAAGGAAAGGCCUUUUCAGUCAGGGUAUUUCUCCUUGGCCUUCCUAAUCUGUUAUUCUGGUUUGGGGUCUCUGGCUGGCCAAAUGCUUGAGGCUAAUGUUCCUGCACUAACCUGUGGCUUGUCCUGGAUCAGUUUGUGGUUACCGCUGCUCUUAGUGGCAUUUGCCAGCUAGGCACAGACUCCUCAAGGGUAGCAGGCUGAUGGUUGCUGCUAUAGGAGCCCUCAGUUUCUUCCUGGGCUGAGUCUAAAGUAGAAGUCAGGGGGGUCGCAGGGCCUGUAGGGAGCACUUGUGCUGGGGAGCACCUGUGCUGGGGAGCAUCUCUGUUCUGGGUGGACUUUAGCUUGGGGUGAAUGAUGGGAUUUGUCAACUAGAACUUGAAAACAAAGUUUUAAAAGGUUAGCAGCAGUUUUAGAAUACAUUUGUGUGAGGUCUCUAUGCACGUGAUGAUUUUUCCCUGCUCUGUGGACACUUGUCAACUUUCUUCAGUCUUCCUUUUCUGCUCUCCAACUGGAUUAGGUAAGACUCUUGCUAUCUCUGCCUCCAAGUACGCAUGUACCCACAGUUGCAGGGUUGCUGGCAUUUGAAGUCUCUCUCUAUCAUAUGCACAGGUGGCCCCUGUAGCCGAGGAAGAGGUUUCUGUAGGCGUGAGAUGCAGGAAGUCCAUACGUCUGCUCUCUUCCCUGAAGCACAGCUCUGUUAAAGUUUCAAAGCCAGUCUCUUAGUAUUUGCCAGUUCUUAGCCUGACGGUGAGAUGAUGGGUCAGUAUCUCUAGAUCUGUCCUCUGGGCUCCAGGCUCUGGCCUGUGGUUUCUGUGUCUGCUGUAUGGGAGGCUGCAUGAUGGGUCAGACUAGCAGAGAGCUGAGCUGGUGAGUGGGUCUGAGGCUUUUGUGGGCUUGCGCUGUUCCCACUGGAGAUUGAUCCCUUUCCUGACCUUCGAGGCCGGGCUUGAGGAGGAGUGACAUGAGACAAGUGGGUGGGGACUUCCUAUCAAAAUCAGCAUUAGGUCAGAUAACUGGAGACAGCCCAGGAAGAACGGGAAAAAGGCAGAAUCCUAUAGUAUUUUGAUGAUUGUUACAACUAAAAUUUGAUAUUUAGGGUAGAGUAGAAGGAAAUACUAGAGAACGCAGAGUCUGAGGGGAGAAACAGUCAGAUGGUUCUGUCCCAUAGCUAUGGAGCGGACCUGUGCCUCAGCCUCGGUUGCCCUUCCUGCACCAUUAAUGAAGCUUCUACGUCACUGGGUGCCAGGGGGUACAGUGGGCGGAGAGCAGCGCUGCCGUGGGUGACGUCUGGUGGUUAAGUUCUGGGUUUUGGACGACACUGUUUGAGACAGGUUCUUUCAUUGUAGACCAGGCUGUCCUUGAACUGAGUGCUGGGAGCACAGACCUGAGCCACUGCCCCAGCAUCCGUGCUUCUUCCCUAGUGCAGGCCUCACAGGCUGGGCGAGUGACCUACCACUGAACCACACCCUCUAGCCCCUUCCUUUUCUUUCCUUUGUCCCUUUCUCAUUACCUUGCUACUGUAGAAUGUUCUCCCUGAUGCUCUGGGCCCUUGAUUCCUAGGCCGUAAGAAAAUGUAGGACUCCGGGGUUUACCAAACAUGGUAGGCAGUUCAUAAGUGCACCCUACUUUCCCCAUUGUGAAAUAGGGCAGGUCCUUUGAUUGCCUGGCUCAGGCUAGAGUACCAUUGCAAUAGAGGCCUCAAAACGAGUGUUUUCUUUAGAGCCUGCCCUCAGGAUGAGGAAGGCGGGCCUAUUCAGCAUUUGGGUUUUCUGAGAGGAGAGCUGGUCUGAGCAGUUACCGUGAACCCUGAGCCAGGUUUCCCAGAGUUGUCCUCUCCUCCUGGGAGGCAGCAGCUGAGUGUCUCACGUCUCCGAUCUUGUUCACCUCGAGCCAUCUACAUUCUCUCUCUCUCCCAUACUGUCAUUGCUGCUAAUGUUCAGAGUCAAGCAUGUGGCGUUACGGAAUAAGCAGGUCUUCUUGGGCUGCUAUCUGGAUGUCACUUUUUAAAUGUGGAAACGUGCAGAUGCUUUCUCCAAGAUGCUUACACUGAUGUGUCAGCCAGAAGAAGCUUGAACUCCAAAAGAUCGAUGUUGACAGUCUGUGUAACAGCUGGAAAGUGUACAAGCACCACCUUUGAGACAACUCAGUGAAGCCGAACUAUGCUAUCCACCAUUGGAAAGAAACGUUCUCACCUUGGGCUGACUGUGAUGUACAGUGUGUUAUGGAAAUUGUUGGGCUGAAGCUUUCGUCAAAUCUGAGUCCCUUGCUUUGACCCCGUGUAUGUUAUGACCCCUCUGUCAGUGACUUUCCCCUGAGUGUGAAUUAUAGCAUGAUUGUAUAAACCUCUCUGUAGAAAAUGGAGAUUUCAUGUUCUACAAAAUGUUAAGCUCUAACUGAUCCAUUUCUGUGCUCAUGUGUAUGACCUUACUUUCUUAUAUAUUUAAACUUUCCUUGUGUUCUAAAGCUUUUGUGGCAUUCCUUGUUCAGGUGGAGAGGAAGCUGUCCCUUUGCAGAACUGUACUGUAACCAUUUCUCCUUUAUAAAUAUUAUUUUCACAGGGCUGAUUGUAUACAGGGCUUAUAAUAAAAAUUUAACACUGUGUUGUCAAUGAGCUGCGGUUUCUCCACUGGAGGUGACUUCAAAAGCACCUGAGGGUGGAGUGUCCCUUCUGUGACCUUACUUCCUAGUACGUGAAGUCUAAUCUCAGUUUUGUCCUGUUUCAGCCUCCUGUAUAAGAAGUACCAUAUUUUCUGCCCAUCAUACUUUGUAAUAAAACUUGAACAUGUA